AAUGGCUAAUCAAUUAGAUACAAUUUCAUUUUCUACCUAAUAAAGACUUCAUUAAUAUAAUCCUUCAACUGAUUCUCAUAAAUCUAAUAAACAACACUAAUAUCCUUAGAAUUUCAAUAUCCAACAAAUCAACAAAGAAAUAUAAUUCAUAGCUGAUUAUGCAUUAAGAUUAAUAAAAACCACUUAGCCAACCUCAGAUAAAUACAAGUACAUUAUUAGAAUUGCAGAAAUCAGUAUGAAAGCAAAAGAAGUGGAUAUCAAUAAAAAAUUAUUGGAUGACGUUGUUGAAGAAUUAACCAUCAUUGUAACUCAUAGUUUGAAAUCAAAAACUGUAUAAUUAUUGCUAACUAGAUUAAUUUAACUUUAUAAAAAAAAGCAAGCAAGCUUUAUAAAUAGUGAAAAAAAUAUCAAAAAAUUUGCAUCGUAUUUUAAUAAUAAACCUAAAAAUCAAAAUAAUAUAAUCACCAAUUAAAUUGAUUCACCAAGAUUGAAUGCUUAAAUAUAAAAAUCUUAUUCUCCUACAUCCCUUUAUAAAAAUUCUAGAAUUACCACAUCGAGAGAACAAAAACUUCAAAUUUAGAAUCAUCACUUAGAAGAUCCAUACAAUUUAAACUAUGAACAUUUAAAAGCUUUAUUAAGUCCUUAAAUAAAUUUUCAGAGAUAAAGGAACUAUUAUCUUUCUAAAUAUUGA